AUGACUUCUGCAAUUCGUCCAGACGAUGCGAACGCUGAAAUAAUAGGGCCUUUCCUAAAUCAGGACGCUUUGUUAGACUUUGAACCAUUCGAACAGUUGCCACUGACAUGCAAGUUGAACCGUGCGCUCAAGGAUGGGGAAAUAGCCUUCCUGGAAACCCCUACAGUGAUACUAAAUUCGACCAACAAAUAUGAAAUGAUGUACCAUCUUUUUACGCCGGAUGUUUUCGACCACAUCACGACGUCUGACGAUCCGUAUUACGUCAGCCUUUCGCUCGGACAUGUACCCGAUGCUUAUGAUCAUAGCGAUAAAUUCAGAUGGACUACUGGCUACUAUAGUUUCGGAGUGUACAACAUUAAUCCCCCUGUACCGUACAAAGCGAGCCCACCAGUUCUUGUAAGAUAUUCAGAAGCCGAUCUGUUUAUUUACGUCUUCAACCUCAAUUUUUACAUGAAAACCGAUCCAACUGGUGAAUUUCGGGUGAUUCCUGAAGAUGUGAACGAAUUUAACCUGAUGCUAGGCACUCUAAAACUAAAGUUAAUUAGUCAUGCCGCAAAUUGCAUCUUAUCCGACUGUGGACUUAACUAUCGUUGGAAACAAUAUGCCGGGAAAAUAGAAUCAAUUAGCAACGGCACAGUGAAGUUCCGUUUGUUCGUAUGGCCGCCGUCCUCCCGGCUGGUAUCAACAUUGGAGAUGUACCAAACUGUGCUGCGAAGCCUUAAUAUAUCAUUGCUGAACGCCAUCGUGUUUCGAUCUCAAUAUAUAUUUUUCGAAGGUUCAUCAUACAUUUUAUGGAACAACACAUCUUUAGUCCUACGAAGCACCAUCGCAUGUUCGAGGCUUGAGGUAGAAGUGGACUCGAAGGUGUUAACAUUCUCGGUUACACGCAUAGGAGUGAUGGGAUACAGCCGGGAGAGAUGUUAUCUAGACAACCAAGCCCUGGCGACUGCUGACUGCACCGGUAGUUACGAGACAGGGGCCGUCUGGCAGAAUAUCCUGCUGUCCCCUGCCUGCGGGACCGUGCCAGAAUACAAUCAGUCUAGUAGCACCAAUAGCCUUCAUGAGCUCUCCAAGACCACAAUGGACGAUAGUAACUACGUAGACAUUCUACGGAGCACCGUCAAUCUUACGUUUCCCGAUGUCAACGUCACGGAGGCUGACGUUAUAUACACGGCGGACAUACUGAGUAACUUCCUGGAUACAACCUUAAAGAGGAACGAAACGGUAUUGGGCUCGGUCUUGAAAAUAACGAACAACAUUCUCUUCACGAACAGAGAUACCAUCAACAACGCACAGAAGAUUACAAACGCGGCUAACAGAAUUAUACAAUCAGUGGACGAAAUCACCAGCCGAAUAGAAUUUCCGCCCCUCAUUAAUCAGAAUAAUAAGUCGGCAUCGUUUGUGGAAGACUACGUUGCGAGCGAAGUGUGGUUGCAAAGAGGAGAUGGGCGUGUGGUGAUUGGUAUCAGUGUCGAGAGCGACAGCGACAAAAAGAUCGAACCUUAUUCACUUACAUCAUUAGUCGGGGAAUCAGAAGUACAAUUGAACAAGGCAGAUGCUGCGAUAUAUCUUACAGAAAAUCUGGUAAAAGGUGAUCUUACAAAGCUGGCGUUCCACGUGUACAGCAGGACGUAUCUGUUCUCGGACAGCAGUAACAGGUUUGACGUCCAGAGCAGCGUUGUCGCCGCCAGGCUCACCAGGAAAAACAAGGAGGUCCGGGAUCUGGGAAACGAGUUCGUUACGGCGGUUUUCCAUUUAUCCGAGACACACGCCAACUUGGUGUGCGCCUACUGGGAUUACAACACCAACAAUGCUGCCGGUGGUUGGAGGACCGACGGAUGUAACCUCACACGUGUCGACGAUGGCGGGGAUGUAAUUGUCUGCAAGUGCAACCAUCUGACUAACUUCGCAGUUCUUGUUGAUCUCAAAGCUAACCGUGAGCUGUCUCAGACUGACAAAAUCGCCCUGGGCAUCAUGACAAAAGUUGGUCUCAUUCUCUCCAUAAUUGGACUCGGGCUGACGAUUUUGAACUUCCUGAUAUUUAGACAUCUCCGCAAAGGGCGUGGUCAACAGGUGCUUUUUAACCUCAGCGUCUCCAUGCUGUGUUCCGCUAUUUUGUUUUUAGUCGGAAUUGAUCGGACUUCAUCAUAUGGCGGCUGCAUAACGGUUUCGGUGUUGCUGCACUAUUUUAUCCUGGUCUCAUUUAUGUGGAUGUUAGUGGAAGGUGUCCUACAGUACCUCCGGUUCAUAAAGAUCCUAGGGACCUAUAUUCCCAAUUUCAUGAUGAAGGCCAUGAUACCAGCAUGGGGCAUUCCACUCAUUCCAGUUACCGUCAUUCUGGCUGUUGAUUAUGAUAUGUAUUAUGGAGCAAAAGGCUAUUGUUGGUUGUCUCGAAACCCAAUGAUAUAUGGCUUCAUUAUACCAGUAGCGGUCAUCAUUCUUGGUAAUAUCAUAGUCUUCACAAUGGUGAUGUUCAACCUAUUUUGUCGGAAGAACAAAAGUAUGGUGUCUAACCAGUCCGAAAGAAAGAUGGCCUUACUGCAUUUCCGGGCAGCCGUGUCAAUUUUUUUCAUUUUAGGACUUACCUGGGUGUUCGGGUUCCUGACAGUGGACGAUACCCGUAUCGCCUUCCACUACCUGUUUGCCAUCUUCAACGCCUUCCAGGGAAUGUUUGUUUUUCUUCUUUUCACUGCCAGGGAGAAACAGAUAAGGGACAGUUGGCGGAGAUUAUGCUGCGGCAGGUCGAAGUACAAGUCGACCACCUCGGGCUCGGAGGACGCCAGGCGUAAAUGCAGCAGUGACGAAAGCAACAGCAAUCUGCACAGCAUGUCUGACAAGGAACUUGAUAUGUCUGGGAUCUAAUAAAGAAACGCCCACCGGUGUAUUUGACAAAGCGGUCGCUUGAAAAAAACGCCGUUAAUAAAUUCUUCAUAAAUUAGUGUAUAUUUGCCAAGAACGGAUUCAAAGUGACUAUGAGCGCGAGUAUUCUGUUAUGAAGCCUGAGUAGAUCAUAUCAAUUAGAUGUACAAAGGAUUGGACCAUCAUUUUUCUGCUUUCGGAGUUACCUUUAGUGUAAGCAAAUUUAAAAAUGUUUAUUACCUAUGUUUUUUUGAAACUUUGCAAAUGUGUUUUAGCUCAUCUUAGCAUAACUUGUCAUGGUGGGGUAUCUGGAUACCGCGCGUCUGUGCCGUCAUCUUUUCUUCAAAUGAAAUAUUCACCUGAACCGCGAUGAAUAAUUUUACAAAACAGUUAUUUUAGUUGCCAAACAGUGCCCUCGACUCUUAUAUAAAGAAUUGCUAGAGGUCCCAUAUUAUAUUUAUUCAAAUCAUGUCGCUACUGGUAAACUGACCAUGCUAAGAGGUCACAUUUAUAAUAUGAGCAUUAAUGAACAAAAAUAUGUAGGUAAUCUCUAAAACAACAAGGACCAAGGCUUUGAAAUUAAUUAUCUCAUAUCAAAUAGUGAUUUUUUUCGAAGUCUGUUACAUGUUCAUGCCUCUAGGAUCAAACGUUGACACACCCAUUAAGUUACAUGAUUGAUUUAAGCUUAUAUGGCAAAAUAUAUAUAUUGUCCUUAAGGUGUACAUAUUUUGGGAAGUUAUAUCGUAAAGUGAUUCAAUUACUGUAAAUGUAGAGAAAUUCGUCGGUAUGAAAUUUCGUGGCUUAAUAAAAAACAACUAAUUCGUUGACACGUUAUUUCGUGGAUUUCAAAUCUUUGGGGAAGACUGACCGUCAUAAUCAUUAAAGUUUUAUUUAAACAACCAGAGUAAUAACGAAGCAUAAUCUGCUAAUCUGUGUUGACAGCAAGACUUCAGGUUAAUGUGCACUGAAGCAUGAAAGUGUUGCCGAUAAUUGUCGAUAAGAGCGAUAAAGCGGCGCACUUGUGGGUCCCUGCUCGCUAAUUGCCAUCGAUGUUGUUUUGACAAUAUUUGCAAUUCUCAGCGCAAUCGGUCCCCUAGAAGAAACACUUGAGUAAAAAGGUCCCCAAAAUACAUGUAUGUCUCUUUUAAAUUUGAUUUGCGCAUAUUGACAUAUAUGAUUAAUCUUCAAACUGUUAAUUUUACGACGUCACGUUAAAGAAAUUUGUUUUUCUCCACAAUUGGUAAGGCUAUUUAUUAUAUUUAUUUACCAUGAUUAAUAAA